AUCUCUACAAUACACAAUAACCAAAAUAGAUGAAAAAAGAUUUUGUAAUAAACAAACCUAUUCUAUUUGUUCUGGUUGCUCACCUAGUUUAAGUUAGUGUAACCUUGGGAAAGCGAUUUUUUGCUUAGGUGUUAUUUUCUUAGGCUUGAAAAACAGUAGAUUUUUUCACAACUUUUUUCUCAAAUUUCACCAAUUUAAAUUUUAAAAUUGCUGCACGUUUUUAUUUUCAUGUGUAUAGAAACAAUCACUUUUGUUCUGUACUUACUGCAUCACGUUUGAAGGGGAACUCCAGUAAAAAUUGCUUUUUUCUUUUUUUCAGAAAAGCAUAAAAAAUCAAAAAAAAACUUACUUCACUUGUUUUACUUAUUUAAAAUUGUUGUACUAGCCUUCGCAUAUUCAUUUUUUUUCUCAUAGACAGGUGCAAUAUAAUAUCAUUUAGGACUGGAUCUGAUUAUAAAUAAGGACAUCACACCGUGCAGAAAGUUUAAGCGAGCGCAGACAACGUUCAUGUUAAGACAUAUAGCUCACAUUUAAAUUUUUACAGAAUUCCGUCUGUGAAAAAAAAGAGUUUAGGCAAAAAAGGCUAAACAAAAUAGAUCGUGCAGGUGAUCUACCAAGCGAUCAAAGUUUUUUAUUUGUUUUUCGCACGUCACAGAUAGUUCUUUUAAAAGAGAUCUCCAGGAAAAUAAACUUCCGUAUUAAAAUAUUGCCACUUCGUAAAAAUGCCAUUUUAGCUAGUGAACGUGAUCAAAGUUUCUCAUUUCUUCCCAUUUCAUUAUUUGUACUUAUAUAUAUCCACAGAACACAACCAAAUAACGUUUUGUACAUUUUAAUAUUAAAUAAAAGAACAUUAUACCAAUUUAUAAUACAAACACUGACAAAAAAAGUUUUCUAGUUACACAUGUAUGUUUUGUAGCGCUCAAGUUUCUAUCCUUUGUUUCUCAAAAAAGAAGCUUUUUUGAUGGAAGGACCUGCGAAAUAAUUUCAGGAGGUAAAUGUGCCCAUUUUCUUCAAUCUUUGUUUAAGGCUGCAUGUAAUGCUGAUAAUGCUGUUUCUAAAACAGCUUUGUCAAAACAACCACUUCUAAAUCAGUAGCUUCUGCAACGCAUUUAUAACCUACCACAGCCAUAAGAAUUAUUUUUAUUUAUACAAUAUUAAUACCCCCCUUUUACCAACUUAUCACCACACAAACAUUAUUCGAUCUUUUGAUCACGCAUUUCAAUGGUCCUCCAUCACAGAGGAAGUUUCAAUAUUGCAUAAAAUUUGUUUGCAUUUGUGCGCAAAAAAGCGCGUGUGGGAGAAAGACAGUGCUGAACUGUGAAAUAAAAAUAAAUUGGAUUUUAAAGUAAGAAAGAUUUUUUACUAAAGCAAAUAAAAUUUUUUUGACGAAAAAGAUGUCAAAAAACCGAUUAAAUAUACUUUUUAUUUCUUUAAAAAGAAAAUAUUUUGCUAACAACGUUGCUUUGAGUCAGUAAAAGACACCUCGUCACUUUGCAUCAUUAUUAAUUUCCCUCUUGUGAGACACAAGAAGUUCGAAGUUGUACGGCUGUAGCUUUGCGAAGUCUUUUUCAUGAAAAGAAUUUUCUGAUUCUAAGUUUUCUGAGUUAUAAUCUUCGUUGACGUCUUAUCAAUGAACAAUGUAAACAGUAAGUAAACAAACUUUUAGAAGGUGUGCUGCUGAGCUCAAGGACUUUCUGCAUGAUGUGACAUGUGCUUAUUUAUUGCAAAUUUAUUUGAAAUUGAAGAUGUUUUGCACCUGAUUAAGAAAUCACUAAAAUGAUUUCCAUUUUUCUUAUUGGUUGCAUGACCGUUGUCACAGCUGUUACCAUUACAAAACAACCCGUUACUACAAGUGUAAUCAUUGGAAGCAGUCUGCAUCUGGAUUGUGCUACAGAUACUCCUGUUAAUAUAACUUGGUAUGCUAAGGGCAAAGAACUAAAUUGCAUUGAAUCUUGUAUAGUGUUUAACAACAACACACUUUUUAUAAAUAAGACUUCUAUUGCAGACACUGGCUCUUAUUAUUGUACUGUGAAGGAUGAGGCAGAAGUUAUAAAGAGUGAUACAGUUAAUGUUACUGUGCAGUAUAGUUGUAAAUAUGGAUGGAAAUGUCCUAAUUCCAAAAAGUGCAUCAGUUCGUAUCAGCAUUGUAAUAAUGAAGACAAUUGUGGUGAUUUGUCUGAUGAAACUGUCAACUGCUCUGCCCCAGGUGAAAUCACUUCCUUUAAUGGCAGACAAAAAAACUAUAAUUCAAUAAAGGUUUCUUGGCGCCGUGAUUCUCGCGCGAUACAAUACAACCUAGAAUUUAAAGAUGGUGGAAAUGUGACAACAUUCGUGGUUAAAAACGCAAGGUCGAAGUUAAUUACAAAUCUCAGUAAUGGGACUACUUACCAGUUUAGGGUAUCUGCACAGAACUUUGUCGGUGAAACAAAAAAAACAAAAUGGAUUAAUGUGACAAUUCCCCGAGUGGUGCCACCAAGUCCAGUGAGAAACCUCACAGUAGUUCCAUUUAGUGUAAGUUAUACAUAUGUAAAAAUGGAUGUGCAAUUUUUAAGACCAAUCGAAAGCGGCAGUCUUCAUCUAGUGUAUUAUUUAAGGAUUUGUCAUUACAAUGUGACAACGAAGGCUAGAGUUGGUUGUAUUGACAAGAACACAUAUAUUACAUCAUAUUACACCAAGUCAAUGAGACCUGAGAGUGUUUAUAUUGUUUCCGUUUAUGCUGAAAAUAAAGCAAUGCAAAGAGGACCGAAAGUGGAACAUGUGUUUACAACACCUGCUUAUAAAAAAAGACCAAAACCCCAAUCGAGCCGUUCGGGAUUGAGUGAUGUUGCUAUUGCAGGAAUAGUUGUUGCAUGUUUGUCAGCAUUUACUGCAAUAAUGGGUUUCCUUUGUAAAGUCUGCUGCUCUGAAUCGGAUGAGGAAGUGGAUGAAAACAUAGCUUUGAAUGGAAAAUGAGAUAGCCACUCGAUGGAAAUGUAAUAAAGACAUUGGAUGUGAACGAAAGAUAUUUUUUGUCUAUUUGUUGAUGUUAAACAUCUAACAAAGUAUUUACUUUUUGUAUUUACGUUUUGUGUUAUUCCUAAUUUUUGUUAAAAGUAUUUAAAAUGCUGCACAAGAUUUCUUCUCGACUUCAAAUAAACAGAUUGUUCAGAGCUUAUUUUACUUUAAAAACGCAAUUUAACGGGGACUCGAUUUUUUUUGUGAUUGUUUUUAGUCGGAAACGAACUUUUCGCUCUUUAGCUUAUUUUGAACGAUUGUUC